AUGGUGAUUCCAGUUCUCCCGUCGUUUUCAAAGCUGGCUUCGGCUAUUGAUUCUCGUGGCUGGAGCUGGCACUGGUAUUAUAUUGUAUACCUCCUUUUGGCAUGGCAGACAGUACAGAUACUGUGGAAGUUUUGGUGGAAGGCGCCGGGCAAACCGUUUGCCAUUCCCAUGCUAGAUCGCUGGAUAGUCUUCGUUUCAAACCAGGACACGCUCAAGCAGCUGGAUCGUGAGCCUGAACAUGUAUUAUCGCUACAACAAGCGCUGCAUGAGACGUUGUUGAAGGAAUAUUCGCUGAACUGCGAUGUGCGACAGCUCGCGUCUACGGGGCCAAUAUUAGGCCCUCAUCAAGUAAAGAUAGAGAACAAGGGAACCCAGAGCGAAGUCUCCCGUGUCGUCGUUGGCGUGUUGAAGAACAAGCUCCGUUCAAAUAUUCCUUUGAUGAGUGAUACCUUGCGAGAGCGCGUCAGGAAAGCGAUGACUUUAGAGAUGUCUCCGCUAUCAGACGCCGACCGCCCUGAGGUUUACGAUGAUGUUAUGAACUUCUUCUGGAGCUGUGCGCGGGCUUUCCCCGUAGUGGACAUGAUGCCAGGUUUCCUUACUCCACUCGUUGGUCCGAUUGCAAUGGGCUGGGGUGUAACCAGAACAAAAGUGUACAAUCUUCUGCUCUGGCAUACCACUCGGGCCCUUGAGAACAAAGACUCAGGCAAGGAGAAGCAGCAUGCCGGGGGACAUGUCGCCCAAUGGGCAUCAGAAAUAACAAAACUUCGAGAUGCAGCUGAAGUGGCAAAGAUAUCACUUGGUCUUUUGUUUGCCAGCGCAUUUCAAGUGCCCAUGGUGGUUCAGUUCUGUAUACAUAGGCUGUGCAAGCACCAGGAGUACAGCAACAAGCUCAGAGAGGAAGCUCAAGAGUGUGAAAAUCUCUCGUUUGGUUCCAUGAACCGAGAGAUGCCUUAUCUGGACAGCUUCAUGAAGGAGACAUCUCGUCUGAGUCCAGGCCCAAUCGUCAGCGCCCCUCGUACAGUCAUGGUCCCGUACACCAUGGAGGAUGGCUGUCACAUCCCGGCCGGUCACUGGAUUGCUAUACCACAGCUCGCCCUCAUGCGAGACGAAAAAAUCUGGCUGGACGGCAAGGAAUUCAAGGGAUUCCGCUUUGUUGAUGAACAGGGCGACGCAUCAGAAUCUCGCUUCACCCAUCCAAGCCAUGAAUUUCCAUUCUGGGGUUCUAUAAAGCAUGCCUGUCCUGCACGCUUCUAUGUCUCCGUCGUCAUCAAGAUGGUCCUCUCGCAUCUCAUUCUAGACUAUGAAUUUAAGCUAGAGAACCCGACGGCAGCACCGUUCCUGACCUUUGGGAAGGUCAGAGUGCCCAGUCCCUUUAUGACCCUCCUGGUGAGGAAUCGCUCGAGAAUAUAA